AUGCCUUCCUCCCUAGGCCUAGGCUGGAGGGCCUUAGUGGUGGUUGCAGUCAACUCCGCCCAGCCCCUUCUCGUAGAUCUCGCAAAGUCGCACGGCUCGCCACACCCGAGCUGCUGCCUCUUUGUGCUGCCCAUCUUUGGUUCCAUGGCCCUCGUGGGGAUAUUUACGUGCGGCGACAAGAGACGGCUGGGGAUUUCCCAUUGGCUCCGUGCGUCGUAUAUCUGCCUCGUCGACUUAGCGCAUCAAGCCCUAGAGAAGGCUGGCCUCGUCUAUGCAGGCAGUGCUCUCUACUUGGUCGCUUCCAGCUUCUCUGUCGUGUGGAUCGCCUUGUUGUCGGUGUGCCUGCUAGGCAGGCAGCUCAGCGCGCUGCAGUGGUUUGGCCUUGCAACCAUCACUGCAGGUUUUUCGCUUCGCGUUGCUCAGAUCUCGAGCGGCUCUUGGGAAGUGGGGGCACAUGGAGCCUCUGAAAUACUGGGUAUGGCCCUUGUCACUGCGGCGCAGAUCCUCCACGGUCUGGCCUUUGUUCUGAAUGAGAAGUACAUGACGGACACAAAGGCGGAGAUCGAAGGUCCUCAGCUGGUGUUCAUGUGCGGGGUCAUCAAUACGCUUGGUCUUCUUCUAUGGACAGUCUUCUGGACAGUUCCUCGUUGGGAGGUGGUUGCUCUCUGCUUUGUUGGAUUGACGAUCUGUUCGCUGCUCCGUUCGGGUGUUCUGUGGGUUAUUUUGAAGCACAUGGGGGCUCUCUCUACCGGCAUCUUGAAGGCUGUACGAAUGGCCGUGGUGACGGUUCUGACGCAUAUCUUGUUCUGCCAGACGCAAGCAUCUCAGUGCCUCUCCCCCAUGAAGGCAGCGGCCGCUUCUGUUGUGCGUCUUCUCCCCCGUCUCCCUAGACGUUUUGCGCCACUCAGUCGCGCAAUGUUUGGCGUCCUCGUGUACUCUCUCGCCACCCCCCAAGCAGCCGAGCGGCAGUUGCAAGAAGGCGCAAAGGGAAAAGACAUUCACCGUGAGAAUUAUGGCGCUGUGCCUGAGCAUCCGCGACCUCAAACGCCCUCCCCCGCAUCCCCCACCCCCGAAGCUUUAAAGGCUGCCACUGAGAUUCUUCCCGCCAAUGUGACGGCUGUUGCCCCUAUGUGA